UUGAUAGCGAGAAUAGAAAAUUGUGUUUCAUGAUUUAUUUGAAAGCAAAUUACACUUUCGUUAACCCGAUUUUGAAUGUGAAUCACUAAGUUAAUUUUAUAUUAUUUAAUAUAUAUAAAUUUAAAUAUAUUUGAUAAAUUUAAAUUAUUCGAUUACUAUUUCGUUUUCUCAAAAUGAGUCGGGAUAAACGAGAAACUGAAUACCCAGUACAGUUAGAAUCUCAAUUUAUAAUCAGAUUGCCUGAAGAACCUGCAAAAGUGUUAAGAGAAUUAAUAAAGUCUGGCGAAAAUUUUAAAAAUAGAGUGAAAAUACAAAUACAUGAUGAUUUGCGGCACGGUGAACUUAGAAUUGAUCAUUGGUUGUUACAUACUAAAAUUGUAGAUUUGCCAACCAUUGUGGAGUCAUGGAAGACAAUUGACAGAAAAAGUCUGUAUAAAACGGCUGACAUUUGUCAGAUGAUGAUAUGCAAGGAAGAAUUGGAUGACACAACAGAAGAUGAGGCACCUUUGAAAAAUAAAAAAAAGGAUCCUCUAAAAGUUGAUAAAAAGUAUCUGUGGCCACAUGGAAUCACUCCACCAACCAAGAAUGUAAGAAGACGACGUUUCCGAAAAACCUUACGAAAAAAGUGUGCUGAGUCACCUGAAAUAGAGAAGGAAGUGAAGAGGCUGUUAAGAGCGGACAAUGAAGCUGUCAGUUUUACAUGGGAAGUAGUUAAAGAAGAUGACGACCAUGUUCCUAAAAAAGAAUCAACUGCUUCAAAUUCUCAAAAAGCAAAAGUAAAGAAGGAGUCUCAUAAAACUGCAACAGUUACAAAUCAACCAUCCAAAGUUGAAGACAUAUUUGGAGGAGCUUUAAGUGACAGUGAUGUUGAUGAUGAAAAUGUUCAUGUUGAUCUAGAAGACAGUAGAACAUCUGUAUAUGAUGAAUCUUUUUCUGAUGUAAAUUCUGUUCUUGGAUUACAAGCAAUGAGAGAUUGUCAUAUAACUUCAGAUACUAAGCCUGAUUUUAUUGAAUCUAAAAAGAAGAAGGUCAUUCCGCACAAAAGUAGUACAUCUACGAUUAAUGAAUCUAAUGUUAGCUCUGAACUAGAUAAUAUUCAGGAACAAUUAACAAGUUACGAUAGCACAAGCACACAAUUGCAAGAACUUGUAACAGAACUAGAAGAAUUAAAACAGAGGAGACAAAGAACUCAACUUGAAAUAUCGAAGAUGGAAAAUAUGACAUUGAGACAAAGAUUUCAGGAUAUAUUAAAAACAUUAAAUAAAGAAAUAAUUAUGAAGGAAAUGGAGUACCAUAAGUUAAAGUCUAAAUAAAGAAUAUUAUAUUCCUAGUUAAAAUAUAAUCAGCUAUAUAAUCUCAAUUAUUACUAGGUAACUUAUUAUUAGUCUCUUUGCUUAAAAUAUAAUAUUUAAAUGUCAGUAUUAAAUAA